AUGGCUAGGAGACAUCAACGAGACAAGAAGAAUCUUGGAGUGAUACGUGAUUGGCUCGGGAAGAUUCAUAGAAUCCAUCAUGAUGUGAAAAAGUGUAAUCAUGAUGUUUCAUGUAAUCAUUUCAUGCACCAAGGGAACAUGGAACCUUUGCAUGAAAUUCCGUUGGCUCAAAGGGUUGGUCAGGAGACAAGAAUGCUGUUAGACAUCACCUUAUCAUUGAAAGGUGCCUGCCCAAUGGAGUGGAGGAGAACGGUGGACAUGCAUUGGUCGCGACGACAGAUGGCGGAGUGCGGUGACAAGUGGUAA